UCUGACUAGAGAACUGACUCGACAACUGUGUAGAUGUGACCUUAGAUGCAGCACUUUAGCUUGAAUAUUAUCAUGUCUUUGUUGAGAAAGAAAAUUUAACCAGCUAUGGAAACGGACCUUGAAGCAAGUCGAAACUUGAGGAGACAGCAACGAAGAAAUUAUCAUGAUAAUCACCAAGACGAUGAGAUAGAAGGCAAACGAACAUUUAGCGUUGAUGAUAAACUUGUGAAUCCGAAAUUCGAGGGAUCCGACUUCGUGCAGUUGAUGAAUGGCUCUGAUUUCACAUUAAAGUACAUACAAGAGAAUGGUUUUAAAACUCCACUCCACAUCAAGAAUCCAGAGGGGUUGGGAAUGCGGAUGCCUUCAGAUGCAUUCACUGUAACAGAUGUGAAGAACUAUGUCGGAGCAAGAAGGAUGGUAGAUGUAAUUGAUGUGAACACCCAGCAAGCCUUAGAACUGACUCUCCAGAAUUGGGUAAAAUAUUUCACGAACCCAGAUAGAAAGUUGAUUUAUAAUGUGAUAAGUUUGGAGUUCAGCCACACCAAACUGCAAGAUAUCGUCGAAUCGCCUGAUGUGGUUCGUCAAAUCGACUGGGUUAAUACAGCUUGGCCAAAGCAACUGAUAGAGGAACAAACAGACUCUACCAAUUCUUUGGCCGACAUGAAGUAUCCUAAAGUUCGAAAGUACUGCCUCAUGAGCGUUGGAGGAUGUUACACUGAUUUUCACAUUGACUUCGGUGGAACUUCUGUGUGGUAUCAUAUCAUCAAAGGACAGAAGAUAUUCUGGCUUAUUCCCCCCACAGAGACGAACCUACAGCUCUACGAAAAAUGGGUUCUCUCUGGCAAACAACAAGAUGUAUUUUUCGGUGAUCAAGUUGAAAGGUGUUCUCGGGUGUUUCUGAAUAGUGGAGAUACGUUCCUGAUCCCGACAGGUUGGAUCCAUGCAGUGUAUACUCCCAUCGAUACCCUUGUCUUUGGAGGGAAUUUCCUGCACAGCUACAGCAUCAAGGAACAGAUACGUAUCAGCCAGAUUGAAGACGUUACCAAGGUACCACAAAAGUUUAGAUAUCCAUUCUACGGAGAAAUCAUGUGGUACGUGGCGGAAAAAUACACUCGACUCUUACGAAAAGACAAAGAGGAAACCAAGAAAGACAUGAAUGUCAAAGGAAAAAAGAACAAAAAUAAAGCAACCCGCAGAAAUAUAGUAACAGAAGACCAAGGCAACUUGCCCGAGAAAAAGACAGUCACAACGAAUGGCGAAGAAACUGGUCGGAGGAGAUCCACCAGAGUCGCAAAAUCUGAAAUAUCAAGAGAAGCAUACACUAAAGACUCCGAGGACUCUCCGAAGCCCAGAAAAAAGAUCAAACUUGAAAAAGCCGACGAAAAUACCGAAACUAAGAAGGCAGAGCCUGAGAAAAAUGGUUGCCAUAGUGAUGGCGAAGGAGCAGGGGAUACGCAAGACAAACCCUGGGCUCCAGUCUACUUGACUAAAUGUGAGACAAGUGGUCUUUACUGUCUGAUAGAGAGACUUCGAAGCUGGCCGCACGCACAAAAGUGUAUACCUCCAACUAUCACUAAUCCAGAAGAGCUUCUGAGUGAACUCGAGGAUUUGCUGGCGUUACACGAAGAUGAUGACCAAUCUUUAGCAACAUCUGGUACACAGCAUCUCUUCAAGAUUGAUCCUCCGCCCAAGAAACAAAAGUCACCUCGUCCCAAAACAGGCCAGGUGAUGUCUAAAUUUGGCACCAAGGUAGGACCAGGCGUGCGCAGGAGAAGAACGAGGUGUGGUCAGUGUGACAACUGUCAGAGAGAUGACUGUGGUGAAUGCCGAACGUGUAAAGACAUGAAGAAGUUCGGUGGUCCUGGCAGGAUGAAGCAGUCUUGUCUGAACAGAGUGUGCACAAGGCCCAAUCUCCCAACUUGUGUUCGCUGCCUCGUGUGUAAUGGAUUGAAUGAGGAAGACAAAGCUUUGAUGGAGUGCCGCUUGUGUGCUGAAAUUGUUCAUCCAGAUUGUGUAGAUGCUGAAGAGGAUUCAUACCGUAUUGUACCUGAUAUAAAUAACUGCUGGGAGUGUCCCAAAUGCUGUAUAUCUAGUGAAAACGGCAACGAAGAAGAACGCAGUCAUCUGGCACCCCGCAAAAGAAAGGGUCAACCAUUGACAUCUAAAGGAUCUGCAAAAAAGGCAAGAAACGGCUAUUCUAAAAAAUCAAGCAAACGCAGUGAUAGUGGGUCAGAAAGCGAAGUGUCUGAAAACGAAAGCAACGAAGAGGGUGAAAACAUUGAAGUAGAAUCACAACCUGACAAGGUUACAAGUCGAGCUAAGAAGACUUAUCCAGAACCGGCCUUACCCCCUCCCCCACCGGUCGAGAUUAAACCCAAAUACGUAAUCAGGCCAGGUCCCUUGCAAGCAGCUCCCGAAGCACUCCCCUUGGAAGAUGGUGGAGAACACGUGCUAAAAAGCUCUGAUUGGCUUCAAAUAUUCUCAUACCUAUCACAACAGGAACUGUGCGUGUGUAUGCGAGUUUGCCGCACAUGGAAUCGAUGGUGUUUGAACCAGAAUCUCUGGUCAGUCAUUGACUUGUCGCACAAAAAAAUAACAAAAGCUGGUCUGGAAGGGAUCGUGCGGCGCCAACCAACCACCGUGAACCUCAGCUGGACUAACAUAACCUGCAAACAACUGCAGUGGCUUCUUAAUCGUCUCCCUCGACUGAAAGAACUCUACCUGAGCGGUACAACAGAGGCUACUGUUAGUUCGUUAGAGCUCGUCAACUGUCCAGGGAUUCGUGUCUUGAGCUUGAGUUGGUCAACUGGUGUGACGGAUUCUGUUCUUCUUGACCUAAUUCGCCCCCCUCCACCAGUAGAUGGUCGAAUAGGGACAGGAGAUGGCAAAAGUAGAUUGCACUGUCUUUCAGCGCUGUAUUUAACUGGAAAUGACGUGACCGGUAAAACCCUGCAGUUAUUGAUGCAGCAAUGUCCAUCACUGCGGAAAAUAGACCUCAGUUAUUGUCCAGCUAUCAGUGAUAAUGAUAUCCAAAGCCUGACAGACUUUAGUACGUGUGGCCAUGCGGUCAAGGAAAUCCUUCUAACGGGCUGCGGUAAACUGACUGAUGGGUGCCUAAAAUACAUCAAUCGUUGCCCCUCACUUGAACGCCUGGACUUACGAGCGUGCACCAAGAUUUCAAAUGAUGGGAUUGAAAAGUUUGUGAAAACAAGAGGGGAGUCACUGAGAAUUUUAGACGAGAAGUUGGUUGUAGCUGCCUCAUGAGAUGUGCAUGGGAUCAUCUUUAUGUAAGACAGAUAGCAGAGCCCCUCGGAAAUUGAGUUGAAUAUAGUUUGUUCCGAAACUCUGUAACAUAGAAGAGUAUGUUUUUCCUCGUUUAUUUUUAUUUUUACGGCUCUUGAUGGUGCUUGUCUUUGUUCCAUAGAUUCGAUUUAGCCGUUUCUUUUCUACGCUGGCUGUAACGCGGAUCACUGCAUGUCGACAAUGAGAAAUUUAACAAGUUUUAGUUGUGAUUAGCUGCCGCAUUCCGUGGCAUUUGUAAAUACCUAUUGGUUGGGUUUUAACACCUACAUUUUUGGUUGGUCCACAUUUAAUGUUAUGGGCUUAGCCUUAUUCGAACUUUAACUGGGGAGUUCUAUAAUACACAUUCAAGAGCCAAAGUUUGAUUGUGUUGGACCUUACCUCUUCCGCAAGCUUCUCUCUCCUUACAUUCAUUUACCACAGGAAGCCCACCAAAGAAACAUUCAAGAACCAAAGAGAGACACUUGCGAACGAUAGUAUACUCCUUGAAAUAAUGUUGCAUCAAACCUGGUUUCUAUAUUGCUUAUUCUUGCUAGUUUUUGCUUUAUUAGCCAUUCCUAGUUUGAGGAAAAGACUGGGUCGAGUUGGCAUUGCAGUGCAUUGCGGGACAGUUUUGGGGAAAUUUCCAAGAUGACGUCUUUUUCGCUCCCUAAAACAGUCCUACAAUGCACUGCAAUGCCAACUCGAACCUCAGAACAGCUAUUACGCGCUUUCCUUUUGUUUUCACUAUUUUGAUAUUUUGAUUUUAGUUCGAUUAUAUAAUUGAUGCCAUUUCUCCUGCAUCAUAUAUUAUGAACUCUUCCUCUUACUAAUACUGAGGUGCUCUUUCCACUUCUGGCGUUCAUUUUGACAUAACUGCUUGUUUGAGGGAGUAGGUUACGUGAGCUGUUGGUGCAAAGUUGGCCUAUUCAAUCUCAGUAAAAGAAGGAAAGGAAAAGAAAGAGCGUGAUAAAUCCAUUGAAAGCACAUAUGGAAACCAGGCUUUGUUGUAUAAAACAGAAGUGAAGUUUUAUUGUAAUGCUUCACGAUUCUGCUUCAGUUUACUAAUGAAGUUAAGAAGAAUUGUAAAAAUAACAUAUAUGCUAGCUGCUCUGCUAAAGUAUAUUGUAAAUACUUAAAUUGUGAUAAAAAAUCACUGUGCUUUUUCCCAUUCUUUGAAAGAACAAGGGCGCUAAAAUUUAUAUUUACGAAACGUUAAUCUAUAAACAUUUCAUCUAGUUUCUAGUGCCUGCAUUCCUCGUGGUCAGUGGCUCCAUAGUGCUAAGCAUGAGCAAUACAGACUGGAGUGGUUGACAAGGUUGACAUUUUUUAAAUAAGUUGUUUUCCCAAACGCUCUGUUACACGGGUCCAAAGUUCGCUAAAGACAAAAUCCACACAUUUUAUAUUUCUUAAUAAAUACAAGCAUUUUUA